AUGAUCGCUCAACGAGAACAGAGUGGAGAACAGAUAUUUGUGUCGCAAGAGAUGACAUGUAACGUUGGUCUUUUGAACGAUGUGAUGGUGUGUACAGCCGAGCCGACCACUAUUCCAAUCGAGCCUUCGAUCGUUGGUAACUGCUCAGGCGAUCUGGCAUACUUCAAUAGUCGAGGCGGACCUCGUGAUGCGAGAAUGUGUUAUGGUCCCGAUGCACCCUAUAUCUUAUACGGAUCACAAUCAUCUUACUCCUGUAUUGGAAUCUGGGUCGAGGAUGCGCGUAUGCUGCUUGACGACUUCCAUGCGGAAAGGUCUGUCGUACCCAAGCUCUUCACUCACGCGACAGAGGUCCAGAAACCGCCACCUGUAGGUGGUAUGGAGAAAAACUUCUUCCUCUUCUGGGACAGCAGCAACAAGGCCUAUGUGCAUCAUGACAUCUAUCCCCACAGAGUAUUCGCUCAGCUAGAGUUCGACGGAUCGGUUGGCCCAGAUCUGGGAGUCAAUUCCGCCAGCAAAGACGACGUGUGUCUGAAGAUGUACAUGCCCACUUUGGCUCCUGAGCUCGAGUCAAUUCACCAAGCGACCAAUUCGCUCUCUAUCACCCUAUGCAAACGAGCAGAUUCAGGUUGCACUCCCACUGCCGUAAACACAUUCAUCUUCACGAUUUUCCAACACAAAUCGUAUCACGACUGGCAUGGUAUCUAUGAGCCGUACGUGAUGGUGUUCCAGCGAGACGCGCCUUUCGAGGUGCAUGCGAUCUCUCAACGACCGCUUUGGAUCCAUGGACGAGGUCCAUUGACAAGGGAAACACAAUCGCUUCUAUACAGUGACCCAAACAAAGAUAUACCGUCGGGUCAUACAGAAAUGUUUUAUGUCACAAGCAUAAGCUGGAAAACUCACGGUCAGAAGUACCAUGGUUAUCUGGACGAUCCACUGUUUUUGGCAUUUGGCAUUGAGGACACCCGGGCGGGACUGAUUGAUGUUUUGGCCGAAGACUUGUUCUCCGACCUGGGAUAUUGCCCUGGCAAGAUGUAA